AUGGGUAAUGAUAAGCAAUUUGUUGAACAACUGCCACCGCGGUUUAUUGAUCCAGCAACAGCAGCAACAACAACACCACCACCAACUGUAACUAAAUCAACUAAAGAUGGUAUUAUAGCUUUUCAAACACCGGUCGAACCUAUCGAAAGUCGUCAAACACUUCUUGACGAACAAAAAAUUUCUACGAAAACUCGUCGUUCGCCUUCAUCAACAUUUCUAUCAGCCGAUAAAAUAUUUGCUUUAGCUCUCUUUGUUUUAUUAAUUAUUCUUAUUACGUAUAUACUAUUUCAUGGUAAAAUAACUGAUGUUAAAUUAAGUCGUUUAACAAAUAAUGCAGAUUUAAAAUCGAAUGAUUUUCGAUCGAUACUUGAAGAAAUAGAUCGUACACUAAAAUCAAUCGAACGUCUACUUAUUGAACAAACGAAAAAACCAACUAUUAAUAUUCAAUUAAAUGGACAAGAUGUACGAGAAUUUUAUUCAAAUCAGACUGUAUUAAAUGAAUUUCUACGUCGCUAUAAAGAACGCCUAUAA